GAAUAGCGUCGCUGUCACAAGCGUUCGAAACCGUCGAGGAAGGCAUUUUUAAUGACACACUGGAAGAGUAAGAAGGAAAGGAGGCAGCUUCCUCUCAUUCGUAUUAUGAAUCCGUGGAGCUCCAAAGUGAGAUCAAACUACUGAAGGCGGGAUUACUUUUCUCUUGAUGCGAUCUUGUUGAAAGUCAUGGAGGUGUCAAAGUGUCAUUUUUGACUUUUAAACUUUGUGAGAUUUUGUGAGAUUCUUCUUUUGUUUAAACUUCAGCUGCAGGAUCCUAAGCGCGACUCCACAGAGGACCGGCUGAGGGCAGGUCAGGAUGGUGAACAGUCAAGUGUCAGGCGUACCGCCGGCCCCGAGGUCAUGCGCAGGAUGUGGGGGGAAGAUUGCUGACCGCUUCCUGCUCUUCUCCAUGGAGCGUUACUGGCACACUCGCUGCCUGAAGUGCUCUUGCUGCCAAGCCCAGCUGGGUGACAUUGGCACCAGCUGCUACAGCAAAGGCGGCAUGAUUCUGUGUCGCAGCGACUACAUCAGGCUGUUUGGGCACAGCGGGGCGUGCAAUGCCUGUGGGCAGUCCAUCCCAGCCAAUGAGAUGGUGAUGAGGGCACAGGGAAAUGUUUACCACCUCAAGUGUUUCAGCUGUGCCACGUGCAGAAACAGACUCAUGCCCGGAGAUCGCUUCCAUUACAUGAAUGGUACAAUCUUCUGUGAGCACGACAGACCCGCUGCUGCCCUGCUCAGCAGCCACCUGCCUCCUCUUCCAAGUAAUUCUGUCUUGACAGACCAAAAGGUAUGCUGAGUGGUGUGUGUGUGCCGACACUUUACUUCCUCUCUCCUGCUAUCGUCGCCAUUGUUGUGGAUUCUGCUCACCACCACGCAUCCCUGUCCUGAAAUGCGUUCUUACAAAAACAUCCCAUUCCGUCGUCCCAUCACAGAGUCUAUGCACCGCAUCCAAGGUUUAUUGUGCUCGGUAUAAGAUUGCUCUGUCAUUCCGUGUGGACUGCAUUUGCAGAGGCUUCUUUGGACUUCGGACUACAAGCACGGUGAUGAUGGUUGGCCUUGUCAUCGUUCUGAGGAAGGAACAAAAGAUGCUUCAUGGAGAGUUUGAUGGACUGCUGGAAAAUGACGACGUGUUUUGCCCUAAAGCGUCAUUGUUUGGAAUGAACUCUGAUUUGUCUCUUGUAUGUUUGUCGGACAUCUUAUACAGUACUGUUGAAUAUACAGUCAAAUAAGAAGUGAAUCAGUGAAAUAUGAUUUAGCUGUUUGAAGGCUCAGAAUGAUGCUACAAACUUUUUUAACCCAAAAGAAGCCUGGUCCGUUUCAAGUCAGUUGAUGUUGGAUAUACCACAGAGCAAGCGGAACACCAUCCAUCCAUCUUCUAUACCGCUUAUCCUCACGAGGGUUGCGGGUAUGCUGGAGCCUAUCCCAGAUAACUAUGGGUCGAGAGGCGGGGUAUACCCUGGACUGGUCGCCAGCCAAUCGCAGGGCACAUAUAGACAAGCAACUAAACAACCGAUUUCGAGUCUCUCAUUAACCACACAGAGAUGCCCAAUGGAGAUUCGAACCCAGAUCUUCCCGAUCUCCUGACUGUGUGGCCAACAUGCUAACCACUAGGCCACUGUGCUGCCCCAAGCAGAAUUCAUUCAUCCAUAAAGUACCCUAACCCAGUCAAUUUUUCCCAUAAGAAAUAAGGCGAAUCCAGUUCAUCCGUACCAGACAGCCAAAAAUGUUCACUCAAAACACGUUUUUAUAGUUUUACAAAUAUAGUUUUACAUUCAGAGAACAACUGAAAUGCAUAUAAAUGAUGAAUGAAAGGGAUAAAUGAACAUUUAAGGUGACUUUUACCUUCACUGAAGACGUGAUUGUGUUGUUGCCCAAAGACACGAUGUGACAGCGAGAUCAACACAGACACCACCAUCCCACCUUCCUUGCCCUGCCAUGAGUUAUUUCUACAAUUCAAUAGUCUUUCACAUCUCAAAGUCUUAGCUUUUCUUUUGAUCAUAGCAAAACUAGAAAAGCACUCGGACCUCUGGUGAGCACCAUAGUUCCCCCCCAUAUUUAGUUUAUCUACAUACACUAAGUCCCCAACCAACGAACACAAUUGGUUCCAGACGACCGUUUGCAAGUUGAUUUGUUCGUAAGUCGAACAAAAGGUAAUAUUACCAAUGAUAUAGGUACUACAUGUACGUGUAUACAUAUACAGUAUAUGUGUAUGUAUGUAAAUAUGAGUUUGGAUGCAGUAGUAAUAUUAAACCAGGAUAAUUAAUGAAAAAAACAAUAAUAAAAAUGAUAUAAUAAUACAUAUUGAUAAAUGUUAUUUACCUUUGAAGAGGAGUGGUCAAGCAUACGUCGUUGUGGAGGAGGAGGAGGAGUUAUUGAAAAAAAGGACAAACGGUCGUCGUCGUUAGACUCUUCUAAAAGAGGUAGUGUUCUGUGAGGGGUGUAGAAUUAAGCAGGUCUAUUAACUCUUCAUAAACUUUAAUCACACGCUCUGUCCGGGUUGUAUCAUACAGCUACAAUUUAGCUUUCUCUCCCCAGCGUCUUACUCGACCUGUUGGUCCCAUCACCAGUGUCACAGUGCCCUCUACUGGUCAAGCAUGUAGCAGUAUAAAUAUGGAGUUCCAAAAGGCAAAAUACAUGAAAAUAUAGACCAGUCAGCUUGUGUUCGUAUCUCCGAAUGUUCGCAUGUCGGAUGUUCGUAAGUUGGGGACUCAGUGUAUUUAGAUUCCUUGACCAUGAAAACAUAACAUUAGCAAUGGAUUCAUAAUGAUAUCAAUAUUAAUUCAGUAGUUAUUCUCAAAAAUUGCAUUUUCCGUAGUGGUGGUUUUCUUCUGGAUGUAGCUCCUAGCUUUUGAAGAUACAACAAAUGUGUUGGCUCUAUAUAAUUGUCUUUCUAUGAUAAAAUUCCAAAGGUCCCCUAUUUUUUCUUAUUCUGGAUCGUAGUAUCCGGAAUUAUUUCAUUAUUUGGAUCAGUCUUUGGUAUUUUGUAGAACCUGUUGGAAACGUGUCCUGUAUUUUUUUCCAAGUGCUCUGACCAUUUUUCGUGGAGUUCUAUGCACAAAUACAGAAAAUUUUCCUCUCUCGGCAUGUUAAAGAAUCCUUUAAAAAAUUUUGGAUCCAAACGGUCACCCCCAAAAUUUAACCAGUUCUUCCAUAUCACACUUCCGACAAUUCCUGAAGAUUUCAUCCAAAUCCAUUCAGAACUUUUCAAGUUAUUUUGAACACAAACAAACAAACAUAAAAAAUAAAAUCCUUGGCGGAGGUAAUAAGCCAAAAUGGAGCCAAAGCUGCUACAUUGUGUCUUUGAAAGUUAAAGUAUCCUUAAAUGUUGAUUUGCAGUGGCUCAUGAGAUAGAGCAGGUAGUUCGAUCCCUGCUUCCUCCAUCCCAGUCACUGUUGCUGUGUCCUUGAGCAAGGCACUUCACCCACCUUGCCUCCAGUGCUGCCCACACUGGUGUAUGGAUGUGAAUGGUGGUGGUCGGAGAGGCCGUAGGUGCAAAUGGGCAGCUUAGUUUCUGCCAGGCUACCCCAGGGCAGCUGUGGCGCAGAGAUGCAACAUUUUGGAGUACAUUUGACGCUAACCGGGGCAUACACUAACCGAGGUUCCACUGUACUAUUAACUGAAGUCAAAGAUGUGUUAUGUCACAUGUGUUGCAUUGUCCAUGCUAAAUCUAAAUCUAAAUCCUUGUUUGAAAAGAAGUCAACCUGACCCUUUUUUAUGUAACACAAAUGUACUUUCACUUGAUGCAAAGAGCAUAUAUUCAUUUAAAAUCAUUGUAUUGGGUGUCUUAUUAGCAUUUUUUGCUAUUGUGACAAAUAAAUCACAGCAGGCUCUCCGCAGCAAUUUCAAGGGUAAAACCCCAAUAGCGAUAUUUACCCAGCUUGUUUCAAUUAAUUCACUGAAGAAAUAUAGUAAGCAGAGUUAAACUGUAAUCUCUGACACCCUGUUAAAGCAUUAAAAUUGUUAAAUUGAGUUCAAAUGAGCUUUAAUGGCAAAAAACUUACUUUUAGAAACAGGCUAGCUUACCUGACAUACUGCCAUGUUGGGGAAGCUAUAUCCUGAGACAGUCACAUGACAACCACCUCUAAAUGUAUCAAAUACAGUCAAACCUCGGUUUUCGUACACCCCACUUUUUGUAGGAGUCGGCUAAAAUGUCGGGUUGCAAUAUUGCACAUAACAAAGUAGUCUUUCCCCAGUUUUCCCUGUACUGUAAAAUCAGGUACCCAAACAAAGCACCUAAAGCGUUGCUAGUUCCAUCCUAUCGUCAUUGAUACUUGCUUCACAUUGUUUUCCACAUGUAAAACUAUAUUCUCUAUCAAAUGUAUUUUGUGUUCAUAUUUUUGAGUGUCUGGAACGGAUUCAUUGGAAUGUAGAUUACUUUCUAUAGGUAACAUUGCCUCUUUGUCUUUUGUCAGAUUUAUCAGAACGAAUUAUUGACGCAAACCAAGGUUCCACUGUACGCCAGGGUUAGGGAUAGGGUUAACCCUGUACAUUUAAAGUGUCACCAUGGCUUCUUUUGGGUUACACGCUGUCAAAAAACACCCAUUGUUUUUGCCUGUGAUUGUUGAAAUGAAUUGUAUUUCUUCACAAGCUUCCUGGUCAAUGUGAGGAAACAAACAAUGGUUUGAAGUCAUAUUAAAAUGAUUUUCCUGUA